UCAACAUGGCCCUCUGGCUCCAAGCUGUGUCUCUGCUGGUGCUGCUGGCCCUCUACCCUGGGGCAGACGCUUCAGCUGCCCAACACCUGUGUGGCUCUCACCUGGUGGACGCCCUCUAUCUGGUGUGUGGAGAGAAAGGAUUCUUUUACAAUCCAAAGAGAGAUGUGGAUCCCCUGACAGGGUUUCUCUUUCCAAAACCGGCCCAGGAGAACGAAGUUGCCGUGUACCCGUUCAAAGACCAGAUGGACAUGAUGGUAAAGAGAGGCAUCGUAGAGCAGUGCUGUCACAAGCCUUGCAACAUCUUCGACCUGCAGAACUACUGCAACUGAGGCCUGUCGCACCGCUUAGCCUGCUCUUCUCUCUGCCACUCUCCAAUGCUCAGAGGCAUCAUCCCCGUCUCAAAGAAAAGCUUCAAGUGCAGACAAGA